GAAUGAAAAAAAAAAGCAGGCACAAGCAAGGUAAAUUACCCUCCAAAAACCACCUAGCGGACUUGUCUCGCGCGUGACCACAUUUCUCCAAGGCCAACCCCGCAAAUUUCUCCACGUCUCGACCGCCAGGUACCACAUCACAGCCCUCCAAUGUUCCAUAGAAACCCUCCGGGGGCGCAAGGUAUGCCCAGCGAUGAUUUACGCGGAGCCGUGGCGUGUGUGGAGAGGGGAGAAAACAAAAGAGAGAAAAAGGAGAGCUUGAAAAAUGGGGAUCGUCGACUUUGCCUUGUCCCUUUUUUUCUCAUUCGCGCCUAGAGGGGGUCCCUUUUUAUUUGCCUUGGGCUGGGUGAAAUUUCUAUUUUAUUCUUUUUUGUCCCCUUUGUUCCUUUUUAAAUUUUGGGCCCUUACAAUACUCUAGUUUGCCCUGCUCACCCACCCGGUCGUGGUCGUUGUCUUAGACAAAAGGAUGCAAAAUUGUUGCCAUAUACACGACUGCAGACUUCAACUGAUGGAAUAGCCCCCAAUUUGCCAUCAUGCUGCUAUUCACAAAACUCGCUGCCCCCAAGGCCCCGAAGCGUCGGUCAAGAGCUGGUUGCACAUCCUGCAAAGAAAGGAAAAAGAAAUGUAACGAGGAACGACCGCAGUGCUCCCGCUGUGCGGAGCGAGGGAGCUCAUGUGUUUAUGAGCCGGUUAGACCCAGGCAGCGCAGGAAGCGUGAUUCUUUCAUUACCUCGCUGGCCGACGCGUCUACCAACGGAUCCCACCAACAUGAGGCUGAAGAAGACGACCAUGGCGCCCGAUUUGAUAGGUUCGACGCCUGCGAGGACCACCUCAGCCAACAUCAACGCGUCUCACAUGACUGGGGACAUCAGCCUUGGCAAGCAAGCAUGCCUGAUUCAUUUGACGAUGAUCUCAUAUUCUCUCCACUUGACGACACUUUUGAUCCAAAUGUCCUACUUGCAGCAGCUCCCCUUGAGACCAGUUCGGUUAUAAUAAAUCCGGAUGAAGAUUUCACCGGACCACUCAGCUCGACUACUCAACCAAGGGUGCUCAGAUACGAGGAAGACGACGACGACGGCGAGGAAGAAAUCGACAUUGGGGGAGGAGGCGCAGGGCUGAUCGGGAUCAAGCACGACAGGAGGAGCUCAUUCACGUCGACGACAACCGUUGCAACAAACACAACCGCCGGAAACACCAUCUUCAGCACCGACCUUACAAUAUGCUCCCCUGCGACUGUCCGCUCGCCUCUCCUCGAAUUCACAUGCCCUUCGUUUUCGGAAUUUUCCGAAAACCCACGCCAAAGGUCGUUGGUCGAUCACUUUUGCAACGUCCUUUCUCAUUUGAUUGUUUUUCGUGAGGAGACGGGUAAUCCAUUCCAGCAGCUUGUUCUGCCUCUGAUGCGUGGUGGCGGUGGCGGCGGCAACAACUCACCCGUUGCCGAUGCGGUGUUUGCACUCGCGGGGGCGCACUUGGAACACAGAGGCGUGGAUGUGAAAGGUGGUGAGAAGUCGCUAUACUUUCACCACCGGGCUAUUCAGGGGCUUGCCGGGUUGAUACGGAUGCACAAUGCUGGCGUGAAUAGGAACGAGGUCCUGGCGGCGAUUAUGCUACUCAUUUAUUAUGAAGUGCUGGUUCAGAGAGGUCGCUCCAACAUUGUCGAGGGUCACCUCAAGGGCGCCCUGACAGUCAUGUGCUCGAAUCCCGAGCCCCUUGAUUCGACAGGGAUCUUCCUCGAGCGAGCAUUCCGCUUCUACGACGUGAUCGCGGCUCUCUCGUUUGGCACAGCGCCUCUGUCUACAGCCCCGGCAGCAGGCUGUCUCGUGCCGUUCCCGAUAUCGGCACCAACCGCCACUUCGACUCUCAACAACGUGGACAGUCUUCUGGGAAUGGCCACAACGCUGUGGCCUAUCAUCCAUCGUCUAUCCGCCCUCCUCCCGCUCAAGACCGAUGUCGCAAACGCGCGUGACGCUGGCCACAACGGUAAAGUCGCGGUGCUACGAACCGAAUUCGAAACCACAGUCGGUGCUGUGGAGGCUGCAUUGCUUGGAUGGACCCCUAACCUGCCGACCGGAUGGGUCCUGCACGAGAGCGAUCCGACCAAGCUGGUUGAAGAUACCACUGCUGCGAAAGACGAAAACUCCACAGGAGAAGAGAAGAGGUCCGGUGGCGACUCGGCUCGCCUACACUCUAUUCUCAACAAUGCCCUCGCAUACCGCAAUUCAGCCCUCGUCUACCUGUACCGUACUGUCCUUUCGCACCCACGCGAUCACCCGCUCGUCCAGCGCCAUGCAAACCUGUCGCUGAGGCACUGCGCGGCGACGGUGGAACACCAAGGGCCGAUGGGUGCACUGCUGUGGCCGCUCUUCGUCGCUGCGUGUGAGGCUGUGACCGGGGCUGAUCGCGAUACUGCGCGGACGGCUUUUGCGGCCAUCGACAAGAGGCAAGGCAUGACCAACAUCGAGCGGGCAUGGGACAUUGUCCAAGAAGUUUGGAGAAGGGCCGAAGGCGGAACUGAAGAGACUGUGAGGGGAGAAGGUGUGCGAUCAGACACGAGCCCUGCUCAGCUGUCCAUGGCCUGCUCACGAGAACUCAAGGGGACGGCUGACAUGUGGAGAGUCGUUAGCAAGGAAAUGGGCGUAAACAUUGUUUUUGGCUGAUGGACACAAAAAAAUAAAAAAUUUAUAUGGACGGUGAUGGCAACUGCUAUGACUGACGAGGAGUAGGUAGAGUAAAUCUUGGGAAGGGGUGAUGGUCAGGGGCUCCAGGGUUGGAAUACUGAUACUAUCAGAACAAAGAUACCAGUUCAAUUCCGUGA